GGAUUGGGAGAAGUUUGUUCUGAGAUUGAGGGGUUCUUGUAGGGUUCGUGCAAAGGUCCAUGAAAUUCACAAAUUGGGGUUUUAGGGUUUAAUCGAAGUUGACGUUGACAGAGAGCGUGCUUUUGUCGUCGUGGUUGAAGUUGUGGGACCUUGUUCUGCUGGAAUCUCGAGUGGCCAGGCCAGUAUAAGUUUGGUUUUGUAUUGAUUAUUGAUUACAGAGGUCAUAUGUUGUGUUAUUUUUAUUGCGAUGUUGGGUUGUGGUCCCUGUGGUUAUUUUUUAUUGCGUUGUAGUGGUCCCCCCAUGUUUAAAUUUGUUUUUGUUUGUGUGUGUGAGUGUGUUUUGUUUAUGGUGUUAAUACAUGUUUUGUCGUGAUGUGAUUGCAUUAUAGGUGUGUAAAAACAUAUAUAUAUUGUUUUGCGUAAUGGACGACGAUAUUGAGGUUGUCUUUCACCAUGGAGGGAAAUUAGUUAAUGAUGGGAAGCUUAAGUAUGAAGGGGGGGAGACAUCUAGGUUUUUGUUUGACUCAGAUGUUUGGAGUUAUUUCGUGGUUGUUAGUGUAGUGAAAGGUUUGGGAUACGAUGGGUUUAAAGAUCUGUGGUACUCUAUAGGAGGGGCUUCAGUGUUGGAUGAUAAGUUAGAGUGUUUGUGUGAUGACACUGGUGCCAUGCAUAUGGUUAAUUUAGCUAGGCUGAAUGGUGAGGUGCAUGUGUUUGUGAUACACCCUGUUUCUGAACCCCAAGUCAUACAUAUGCUGGAAAAUGUUGGUCAUGAUGAAGGACAAGUUGAAGAAAUGACUGAUGUUGAUGGUGAACAGCAAGAGAUGAGUGAUGUUGAUGUUGAACAGCAAGAGAUGGUUGAUGGGCAAGUGGAAGUUCAAGCUGUUGUUGAGGAAGAGGUCCAUGGACUUGAUGAAGUUGGUGGUGUGUUGGAAGAGAUAAGUGACGUUGAUGGAGAAGUGGAAGUUCAGGCUGUUGUGGAGGAAGAGGUGCAUCAAGUUGAAGAAGUUGGUGGUGUGUUAGAAGGACAUAUGGGUGAUGUUGAUGGAGAAGUGAAAGUUGAUGCUGUUAUGGAGGAAGAGGUGCAUGAAGUUGAAGAAGUUCCUGGUGUGUUAGAAGAAAUGGGUGAUGUUGAUGGAGAAGUGGAAGUUGAGGCUGUUGUGGAGGAAGAGGUGCAUUUAGUUGAAGAAGUUGGUGGUGAUGGUGAAGAUGAAGGUGAAUAAAUGAAUGAAGUUGAAGAAGAUGUAGAAAUCCGAAGUUGGAAUUCCUCUUUUGAUGGAAAUAGUGAGUGGUUGGAGGGGCUUGUUGAUGUCAAUGUUGGUUGUGAUAUAGAUGAUGAUAUACAUGCAGAUUUGGAGGGAAAUAUUCCAGUGGAAGUCCAAAGUGUGUCAAAUGACUUUAGUGGACCAUAUUCCAGUGGGAGUUCUGACAGCAUGUUUGAUGUUAAUGUAGAGGGUGGGAAUGAUAGAGGUUUGUCAGAUGAUGAGUGGGAAUCUGAACAAUUAAUUAGUGCAGCAGACAGUGAUGAAGACAAUACCGAUGUAGAGGGUUAUGGGAGUUUUGCAACAUUUGUUUUGCCAAAAAGUAUGGUUGACUUCAAGUGGGAAGUUGGGACAUAUUUUGCUGAAAAACAAGAUAUUUUGGAUGCUAUUAAAAGUUAUUCCUUGGAUAAUGGAAGAAAUAUUAAGUUUGUUAAGAAUAAUAAAGAAAGAAUGAGGUUCAAGUGUUUGGGUGCAAAAGGUAAAUGUCCAUGGAAGUUGUAUUGUGCUUAUAUGAAGGCAGUACAAACAUGGCAACUGAGAACUAUGCUGGACAACCAUACCUGCAACAGGGAGUUCAACCUUAAAUUAAUUGAUGCCAAGUGGUUGAGCAAGAAGUUAGAGAAAACAGUUAGAGAGAAUCCAACAGUUAAGGGUGUGGAUAUAAGGGAAAAAAUUCAAAGGAAAUGGAACAUUGGUAUUUCAAGGUGUAUGGCUUAUAGGGCCAAAAACAUAGCAACAAAGCAUAUUGAUGGGUCUUUCAAAGAACAAUAUAAAAGGUUAUAUGAUUAUGCCCAUGAGUUGGUUGCAUAAAAUCCAGGCUCAACAGUGAAAGUAAAGGUUGAGGAUGUAGGGGGUGAAGUCCUUUUCAAGAGAUUUUAUGUAUGUCUAAAGGGAUGCAAAGAUAGUUUUCUGUCAUGCAGGCCAAUUAUUGGUUUAGAUGGAGCAUUUUUGAAAGGUAAGUAUGGUGGUGAGUUAUUAACAGCUGUGGGUAGAGAUGGAAAUGAGCAGAUGUUGCCUAUUGCGUAUUGUGUUGUUGAAGUUGAGAACAAGGAUUCCUGGAGGUGGUUCUUGGAACUAUUGAUAGAUGACCUUGGAGGGGCUGAAAAAUGUUCUUCAUUUACCUUCGUAUCAGACCAACAAAAGGGUCUUCUUCCAGCAAUACAGGAAUUGCUUCCUAGAGUUGAGCAAAGGUUUUGUGUGAGGCAUUUGUAUGCCAACUUCAGGAAGAAAUACCCUAGCAAAAACCUCAAACGUUUAAUGUGGAGGGCAGCUACAGCCACACACCCACAAACCUGGGAGAUGGAAAUGAGAAACAUCAGAGGACUGAACGAAGAUGCUUAUAAGCAUUUGAUUGCCAUCCCUCCAAGGUAAUGGUCAAGAUCAAGGUUCACUUUAAGGGCUAAAUGUGACACCUUAGUUAACAAUAUGAGUGAGGGCUUCAACAGUGUCCUCCUAACUACCAGGAGUAAACCCAUUAUUACCUUGUUGGAGGAGAUACGACUGUACAUCAUGCAAAGAUGGGCCAAGAACAUGUCAAUGAUAUCAUCAUUUACUGGAUCCAUUUGUCCCAAGAUCCAAUCUAGAUUUAGAAAGGAAUCCCAGUUAACUAAAAGUUGGAUUCCUAGGUUGUCAAGCAACAAGCUAUUUGAAGUUCGUCACAUGUCCAACAGUGGAGAUAAGUUCGUAGUGAACAUAGAUGACUCCUCAUGCACAUGCAGAACUUGGAUGAUCACUGGAAUUUCCUGUUGUCA